AGCCAACUUCUUUAGCCACAGGGUGAGGGUCCCUCGGCGGCUGACCCUAAAUCUGUGCUCCCGCUCCCUGUUCUGUCCCUUCGAGCUUCCUCCUCACCAGCCUGGCUCACGCCACCUUUCUCUGGUCUCCUGCUCUUUGCUCUCACGCUGCGCCUCCGCUCCAUUCUCCGAACUUCACCCCCCCCCCUUCCCCGAUGCCCCUCCGGCCUCCUUUUAUCUCUUCUUCGCCCCUUUCCUGGGCCCAAUCCGAGCCUUCCCCCCGCCCCGCACCGGCCGUCUCUCGGCCCUCUUAACCUUCGCCCCGCCCCCUGGGUCAGGGACGGGGCUGCGGGGCCGGUCUGCUGGCCGGCGGCGGAGGCCGUUGCUCUCCCUCCGGUCUCCUCGCCCGCCGGGGUGUUGAGGCGGUCCUCCGCGCCCGGCCCCUUCUGCGCCGUCUUCGGGGGCCUCUGCGAGUCCCGCGACCCUUUCUAAUCCGUUUGGCACAGCAAUGUUCACAAUGUACCUGGAGGGUUCACAAGCUGGGGUCCUGUGUGAGCCAACCCGGUGACUCCAGGACCAGCCUGUGAGUUGGAGCAAGAUCCUGCUGUGAUAUUGUAUUAUUCGUUGAAUCUUCAGCUUGUGGGUGUUUAUAUGGUUAUCUAAUAAAGUUUUCCAUGGAUUUGGGAAGCAUUUUUCUUUGACUCUGAACCGGAUAUUUCUUGAAACCUUUGAAUGUUAAGUACUUACUACAAGAAGAUGUCAUCAAGGAACAGAAAUAUGGAAAAUUCAGGAGUUUUCUACAGGCCCUCAUUUGCCGUUCAGAAGAGCAGUGCUGAGAUCAUAAAUGAGGCCCGAAAUGCAUUAAGAACAUUAAGAACCAAAAGACCAUUUACACCCAGAGAGGAACAAAGGAAGCUUUUUGGAUCUGCCUCUUCAAGGACACCUGAAAAUAGACCUCCUUCUUCUUUUAGUCUCCGUGCUUCCAGCUUUGAAUCAGCUGAACCAAGGCAUGUUUCUUGUUCACGCCUUAGCCCACUGGAUCAUAAACCAAAUAUUUUGUUAUCUUUCACAAGCAAUGAAGAGUAUCACAUUCCCCCCCUUAAGCUGCCAGUGGAUUCAGAGGAGAUUGGAAAGGUCAGAAAUGCCCAUACACGUUUGUUUAGAACUGCCUCUCAUGGAAAUCUUCUGAAUGAUAAAAUUUUCAGUUCAGUUGAGAGUAAGAGACUGAAUUUUGAAGAACAAGCUACCCUGGAUGAUGUUCCAAGAAGCAAUGAAGAUUUUUCAGCAAAGGUAACAGUCCAGUCAAGCGUUGAAGAUGAGGGUCUUCCAUUAACGUACAAAGAGCAUAAUGAUGAGGUAGCAGGAGAACAAACCUGUUCGGAAAUGACAGAAAUAGCAGCGCCAUCUCAAGGCAUCAGUAAAAGUGACCAGGAUCAUCCCAACAGUUCAGGCAGGCCUUGGUCGUGUCCAGACAACACUGAUUGGAUUACAUUGGAUGCUAAGACAGAAAAUAAUUUGGGAGUGAAUGGAAAUGAAGAGGAAGAAAAGUACUGGAAUAUGAGAAUUUUGACAAUUUUACAUGAAUUAGAGACUGAGGACAAUGUGGAAAGCCUGUGCCAUGCCUGUGACAGUCUCUAUCAAGCUUUGGAGGAAGGAAGUAUGCUUGGCAAGCGAUUUAAAAGGAGAACUUUGCUUCUGAAGACUUUGUAUAAAUUGUGUGACAUCGCUUCAGAUCCUCUCGGCCUGAAACUAUCAAAAAUAAUUCUGGGUUUGAAAGUGAGUGGAAAAAACUUGCUUAAUGUCUGCAAACUUGUAUUUAAAAUCAGUAGAAAUGAAAAAAAUGAUUCCCUCAUUCAGAGCGAUCAAAUAUUGGAUUCUCUGCUGGAUAUUCUGAGAUCUGAAGACCUGCAAGCAAACACAGAGGCCUUUAUCUAUUGUAUCGGUGCUCUAAAAUUUAUUUCUGGAAAUACAAGCCUCAUUCAUGAAAUGUUAAAUAAGGGAACAGUUGAAAUCCUGGUACAGUUUAUAACGCAGAUUAAUGAAAUUAAUGACAAUGAUGCACGGUUUUGCAGUUCAGGACACCUCUUGGUCCAGCUAACUGCUACUUUGCGCAACUUGGUUGACUUGCCUCAAUCACGGUGUAAACUCUUGAGCUAUGGAGCAAUUCCAGAGCUUUGUCUUAUGAUGGAGAAGCGUGUGAAUGACAAAGAUAUAUGUACCAACGUGGCCAGAAUACUCAGCAAACUUUCUUCCUUCAAUGAUUGCUGCUCAGCUUUGGCAGAUUGCUCCAGAUGUUACAUCUUAUUUUUAGCCCUGCUAAACAAACACCCAAAGAAGCAGGAUUUGGUGGUUCGUGUCAUUUUCAUUCUUGGCAACUUAACAGCAAGGAACAAUCAGGCUCGGGAACAAUUUUUUGAGGUUCAGGGAAGCAUUAAUACCCUGAUAACCCUGUUCCAAACUCAUUGUGACAUUGACUCUAAACUGUGUAAAGAUGACAGCGAAUUAAGAAGCCUGAAGCACUUUUCUGAAGUAGAAGAUGUCCUCAUCAAACUUGUAAGAGUGAUUGCCAAUUUGUCCAUUCAUCCAAGUAUUGGUGCAAGUCUCACAACUAACCAUCAGAUUGUGGCAUUACUCAUUCAAGUACUAGAAUACAAAUCAGUUGAGAAAAGUGAGGAGCUGGUUAUUAACACUGCAGCAACAAUCAACAACUUAUCCUACUAUCAAGUGAAGGAUUCUGUAAUUCUAGAGAAGAAAUUACGUAUUGCAGAGUUGCUUGUAAAACUAUUACUGAGUAAUAAUAUGGAUGGAAUUCUGGAGGCUGUUCGAGUCUUUGGUAACCUUUCCCAGUACCAUGAAAUCUGUGACUUCAUUGUUCAGAGAAAGGUGUACAAAUUCAUGAUUGCGUUACUCGAUGCCAAACAUCAAGAUGUCUGCUUCUCAGCCUGUGGAGUUCUGCUCAACCUUACAGUGGAUGAAAGCAGACGCACUGUACUGGAUGAAGAAGGUGCAGUUAAAAAAUUGAUUGAUUGUUUAAGAGACUUUGGGCCUACAGACUGGCAGCUGGCUUGUUUGAUAUGCAAAACCUUGUGGAACUACAGUGAGAACGUUACUAGCGCUGGACCCUGCUUAGAAGAGGAAGAUGCCAACACCUUGCUAAUUCUCCUUGCAUCAUUUUUAGACUCCAAAUCACACAAAAAUGGCUGCAGCUAAAAAAGCUAAAACAGACAGUGGAAGAUCAUUCCAAGACGCCUGGACAGAGUUAUUUGGAGUGAUUGAACGCGGCGGGAAAGCAUUCUGCGUCCUGUGUAACGAAAGCGUUGUCUGUCGCACAUCAAGCGUCAGACGCCACUUUGACACCAACCAUGAAAACGUUGCCAAACUUGGUGAAGCUGAACGAAAAGAGUUUCUUGAAGGGAAAUUGAGGAACUAUCAUUCCCAGCAUCUCAGUUUUUCCAGCUACCUUUCCAGAACAAAUCAUCUGACAGCUGCCAGUUUUCAAAUUUCACUGUGCCUAGCAAAACACGGCAAGCCCCUCUCUGAUGGGGAGAUUAUCAAAACGGCCAUGUUGUCUGGGAGUAAUUCCCUUUUUCAUGAUUUCCCAAAC